UCUGAAAAAGAAAGAAUGAAAAGUCACCCAAAAUUAAAUAAAAAAAUAAAAACAACAGAGACGUAGAAAAUCGUGAAAUGAUCUGUCAGUGACUUCUGAAUUUAUCAUUGCAUUAUCUCAGUGGAGUGGAGGGAGAAACGUUGGAGGGAUUGGGUAAAUCAGCUGAUAAGUGACAAGAGUCGAAUGCUGACAAGCGCACAUCAUUGUUGGUUAUGGCGACAAGCAGCUCAGAAGGAUCCUGCACAGCACCAGCUGAUUUUCAAUUAUCCUCAGAGUUGGAAGACGUGUCCGAUCGUCUGAGUGUUAACUUGCUCAAGUGUCCACUUUGUCACAACAAUAGACGUGUUUUUUACUGCAAACAGUGCGUUCACAAUGGAGAUUUUGGUCAUUCUACGCCUGUUUACUCUGAACGGUUUGCGGAUAAACAGUUACGGUUGUUACGGUUGAAGGCAGCCAAAUCCCAGCUCGAGGAAAAAUGGGCGAAGGCAUUUGAGAGACACAGGCAGAAGGAUAAAUUGAUAUGUGAUAUUAAUAUGUGCAAGGAAAGAGUGAAACUCCUGCACACUCUAGUUAAUGAGACGAAGCAGAGUCUGUCGAAAGGCGAAUUUUCGAGGAAUAUCUCUGGAUCUAAGGGAGAUAACAAUAUCUUUCUCAGGACCUCUUUUGUAAAGUGGAAUGAUAGCUGCACAAAAGGUCACCAGCGACUGAAUAUCCUGAAGGACGCCAAUUCGCAAAUGGCUCUGCGUCUUCCGAGGGACGAGGAGAGAGUGGAGAAAUUACGAAAAUUCGUUAAUGGACUUAAAAUGAAACAGGAGAAGCAGAAAGAGGGCGUCGAUAGGAAGAGACAGCAGUUGAAGAGAGUCAUAAGGAUAGCAGCCAAACAGUUGACUCAGUACAUUUUUCCUCUGAACGAAGUCGAGACUAAUCGAAGUUUAUGCAGCAGUGACGAGGAGAGUCCAAACGCCGAUGUUGUGAAAUGUGCAUUGGCAGAUGCUUCAGGUACUUCGUACGUGCGAGGACGAUGGAUUAGUGAUUCUGAAAAUAGUUUAGAGACACCGCAUCGAAUAGUAGCUCCAACAUUGCCAGGUUCUGGAGAUUACAGUGCAUAUUCACUUUGGGUUACUGCCAAUAAAGAGGGUGUCCCAGGAAAUAAUAAGGAGAAUUUUGUGCACACUCCAGCGUACAAUAUUAGUGCUGCAUUAACAUAUGCCACACAACUUGUCAAUGUUCUCGCGUAUUACGUCAAUGUCAGAUUACCUUACAAAUUAUCUCAUGGGGAAUUCUGCGGUAACGAGAUGUCAGACCAGAAAUUUGCGAGAAAAGUUGCUAGUCUCAACAGCAAUGUUCUCCAUUUGUGUUUCACACAAAAUACAGAUAUCAAUGUACUACACCCAAUGCACACACUCCAGAAUCUAAUGCACCUGCUGAAUACAGGGAUCAGUGAUCUGGGAAGGAUUGGCCCCAUGGAGGUGGAUCCAGGGAUUGUUGAUCAGCUCCACUGCCAGCUGACGUCUGACCUCGAAAAUAGCGAUGACUCGGCAUCAGACGAGGAAGAGGACACCUUCAAUUGGGAGUGGGAAGCCGUACCGAAUGUCGCGUGUCCUGAGAUGACAGUACCAAUUCCUGGUACGAUAUUAAAUCAGCAGAUAUCGAGCAUUCAGGUGAAUCAGAGUGUCGCUGAGGGCCUGGUGACGAGUGCUGCUGCCAGCAUCGCCUCCUUCUGGCGUGGCUGGACUACAAACAAAUAAUCUCCAUGUUACGGAUUUUUUUUAUAAAGCUUGAUUCAUCAGUGAAUAUCGCACGAGGGAGAUUAUUCGAUUGUGAAAAAAUCAGAAAAUCAGUUCUGAAAUUAUUGACUUCAGGUUUUCUUUUUCAACGAAGAAAUAAAGCAGUUUUGUGUAAA